AGCCUCGGGCCGGCGGUUCCGGGGCAAGCAGGCCAUGCCCCUCCCCGUCGGCAACGUCGACGGCGCGGGGGCUGCUCUCGCGCCAGCGUCGGAGCUGGGCGGCGGCACCCCCGCGCCCCUGGUAGAGGUUGCCGACGGGCAUGGCUGGCUGUGCAGCGACCUGGCCUGCUGGGACGGGGCCUUCGCCUUCGGUACCGAGCCGCGCUCCGGCCAGCCACCGCGUGUCGGGCUGCGUGGGCGCGGCGGGCACGGCAUCACCACCGACCGCAGCGGAGGUCAUCGCCCUGUGGAGCUCGUCGAGCUCGGUCGCGUGGCGGGGUGGCGCGAGGCCAAGCUGCUGGGGGCCUCCCGUCUCCGUGGCGGUGGCGAGCAGCUCGAGGAGAGGUUGCUCUACGACGGGCCACCUCGGCCGCCCGCGUUGGUGCCCUCCACGGCCCGAGCCGAGGCGGCCGAGGUCGACGACCUCCGCGCGUGCUGGAUCGACUGCGACGACGCGGGGGUCAGGUACAAGGAGUGGAGGAAGGUGCUACAGGAUGCCGCACAGGAGAGCGUCCAGACUGCUGGGCUCAGAGGGCCCCCGGCGCGCCCCCCCGUCUGCAGGAAGUUCCACGAGCACGGCGAGGCGCCUAAGGCCUGGUUCGCCGAGUGGGCUCGCGAGGUCGGCAUCUCGCGCAAGGACCGGGCCUGGCACGAGGUCGAGUGCCUCAUCGAGUGUCUCUUGCUGGCCGGCAGCUACGACCAGCUGAGCGCGGGGGCCGUCGCGGCCCUGGAGGUGGUCGCCCGGCGGCUGCUGCGGCACGUGGAGGCCUACGCGGAGGGCGCGGACAAUCCCAUUUGGAGCGCGGCGAAGCAGUUCAGCGCCACCUCCUCGGCCCUGGACCUCGCCCCCGAGGAGAUGGGCAUGUGCGCCGCGCGCCGGGAGAAGGACGAGCUGGAGCUGGAGAGCCUCCGUGUCCUGGUCCGCGCGCGCGCGGCCGCCGGCCACAUGACGCUGGGCGCCGAGGGUGGCGAUGGCCCGACCGUCGCCCGCGAACCCCACAGGGCCCGUGCCUUCCUGCCUCUCCCUCCUCUGAGCGUCGUGGGCAUCCCCGCAGCCGCCGCGGGCGGGAGGCGCAGGCGGCUGCUGCGAGAGAUCAACGCGGCCAUCGAGGCGCUGAAUUGGAUGCGCAGAGGGGAUCAUCGGCCUGCCCCACGGCAGAUGUCGGCGUCCACCGAGAAGAAGAUGUUGGGCCUGCAGGCUGAUGUGCGGCAGUGCGUCGUGGAGGCGGCCUCCCGCUGGUGCGACGUUGACAGCGCCGUCGGCGAAUGUGAAACCUUGGCCAGGCUCUUGAAGGGGCGCUCGGGCUAUGCGCCGGCGCCUUCAUGCAGUGUCGGGUCCUACGAGUACUCGAAGGUAUCUAUGCCGAGUGACUUGCAUGACUCGCCGUCGCUCAUCUCGAUGUUGCCUUCGGAGGCGAGGAAGCACCUCGAGGAUUUUGAAAAGCGCAUGAUCCGGCCCGCGCAGGAGUCGGAACUAAUUCAACAACAUGAAGGGGUGCCGGGCUGUCACGCCGACCCGGCGCUGCAGAAGGAUCCUCGUGCGAGAGUCGGCAUGGCGACCUUCGCUCGAGAAACGGCCUGCGUGCUGGGCGUCUUCUUCGCCGCCAAGAAGGCCGACAGGCUCGGGCUGAUCGUCGACUGCCGGCGAGCCAACCAGCUGUUCCAGAAGCCUCCAGGCGUCGCCCUCCUGAGCGGCGAGGGGUUGUCCAGGGUGGAGAUCGACGACCCCGGGGGCCUCCUGCAGGGCCUGCCGGGCCACCUCGGCGCCGGGGACGUCGCGGACUGCUUCCGCAGGAUGAGGUUGGUGAAGACGGCGGGGGGCGACAUUCGGCGUUACUUUUGCUGGCCGCCCCUCGCGCCCAAGUGCGCGGGCGUCUCCGAGGUCGACGGCGUGGCUGCGAGGCCGGACGAGAGAUCAGGCCACUACAUGUGCGUUGACAACGCUGGCGUGCUCUCCUUCGACGGCGACCUGGUGGGUCGCGCUGUGGCGGAGGCCCAGAUGAACUUUGACGCCGACGCGCUGCGCUUCCACGAGAUGGAGGUUUUCGACCACGGCGGGCCGUCCUUGGGCUGGCAUCUCGACGGCGACGCCCGAUUCGCCCGGCCCAGCGACAAGCGUUUCGCUCUGGUGCGCCGUGGCGUCCGGGCGCUGCUUCGGCUGAGGGGGGUUUCUGGCUGGCAGGUCGAGGCCGUCCUCGGACACGUCGCUUUCUCGUGUUUGAUGCGUCGGGGGCCCCUCUCGAUCUUCCACGCGGUGUAUCGUUUCGUUCGGGAGUCCUACACGAAGUUCCAGCGGCUGCGGGACUCGCCGUGGGCGCCCUGCGUCUACGCCAGCGACGCGAGCCUCCACGGCUUCGGCGCCUCCCAGUCCUUCUGGUCGCAUCGGGGCGUGGCCGAGGUCGGGCGCGCGCCGGAGCUCAGUCGCCACCGCCUGGGCGGCGCCCGGGCCCUAGAGCACGCUUUCGAGGCCGCCGGCUUCAAGGUGGACCCUGAGAGCGGCGAC